AUGAACAACGGUGUCCAGAGGCUGAGACAGCGCCAGUGUAAAGUCUGCUCCUGCUACAAUCCUGAAGGUAAGCGGCGUGGGGGGACAUCGACAUUCUAUUGCCCAAAGUGUUCGGAGGACAAGAAGGGUGUGGUGACGCUUUGCAACAAAGUCCGAGGGCAUCCAGCAAACGAAGGAAUGACGUGUGCACAGAUAUGGCAUAUCCUGUGGCAGAACGGUGAGUUUUCGCCAAAGGAGAGUCACAUUCGGGACCGUAGUCUUGUCAAUACGCGUACCUUCACAAUCUCAACCAUUUAUUGGCACCGUACCUGCACAUGCAUUCGCCUCUGUUAG